GCUCAAGACCCUGUGGGGUCGAGCCACGGGUGCCAUGCACGGGGUGCUGGCGGUGGUGGAGAACCUCAACCAGAGGUCCAACGAGAUCUUCGAUCGCCUAGAUGCCCAGGUGGCCCAGAUCGACGCGCGGCUCCAGUCCUUAGAGCUCCGCUGCGGCAGCUGCGCCCAGCGCGUGGAAGGCGCCCGCGGCUCCACGGAGGCGCUCAAGGUGCAGAGCGCCCGCACGUUCUCUGGACGCCAGCGCCCGCAGAUCCACACCGCUCGCCUCACAUUGGAGGAGGAGACACUGCUGAGCUUCCGGCGGACAGCGCGACCACCAGAGGAGACCGGUGGCGUGUCGGUGACCAGCGCAGCGGAGGACUUGGCGCGGGUCCUGCGCACCGUGGCGCAGCACACGGCUUCCACCCCGGAGGUCCACUCCCUGAAGAAGACCCGGGAUGAGCGGCUGCUGCCCACUGCAGGUCGGAUAUCCUCGGUGUCUGAGCUCUUCUUGUUGAACUCUUCCGAGCAGCCAUACAAGGCAAGACACGAGGUGGACAACCUCGUGGAGCCAGAGGAUGAGUCGUUCCUGGAGCCGCGCCUGCAGUCUCCGGAGGCCGCGCAGGACACCUUCGUGGAGCUGGGCCCCGUAGAUCUCGAGGAGGACGAGCCGGACCGCGCCACAGAGGACCUGCGCUUCCGGCCCCGGAACUCGGCGGCUGCGGAGGUCACCUUCGAUCUGCCCGACGUGCUGCCAGACCUCGGCCAUGUGGCGCACAUCGUGUGGCGCGAGGGCGACACCAACGAGACGGACCGCCCGGCCUGGGACGCCGCGCCGUCAGACCUGGCGCGCCGCGCCAUGGCCAAGCCGACGCCCAAGCCGACGACGCGGCCUCCGCCGCCGCGGCCCUCGCUGCUGCCGUCGGUGCCGCCGCCCGUGGCGCCGGUGGCGCCGGUGGCGCGGCCCCAGUGGCGCCUGCCCCCGCGCCGGCGCCAGUGGCCGCAGCGCCGGUGGCCGCUCCAGCGGCGGCGCGGGUGCAGGCGCCGGCGGCCAAGCCGCCUCCCCCUGUGCCGAAGGAGGGGAAAGGCAAAGGGAAGGGCAAGGGCAAGGGCAAGGCGCCGCCCCCGCCACCGCCUUCGAAGAAGCCUGGGGGCCCUGCAAAAGCCCCAGCGCCCAAAGUGGAGGGGGGUCAGGGUAAGUCCGCCAUGCUUGCAGACAUUCGUGCCGGAGCCAAGCUCAAGAAAGUUGCACCUCCAAAGGAGCGUUCUGGUGCAGCAGUGGGCCGGGUGGUUUGAUUGCACAGCGCAGCAUUGCUUGUCAAAAGCGGCGCCGGCAGCCAACUCGCCCUAUGGGACCUUGGUGGUUGAAGACUACCAGGUGGGAGCUAUGGGCCAGCAAAAGGUGGGCGAGACGCCGCUGAACUAUCAGCUGAAGGUCGAGGGCUCUCUCGCAGUGAACAAGGGCUUCGGCAACAAUGGCGCCAACCGCCUGGAGGUGGACCUCGCCUUUUACUUCACGGCAUCAAUGUCCACUGGACUUGCCUGA